GUAAUUAAUCAUAGUCUUUAAAAGUAUUUAUAUUACAAUUUUAAAAUGAAUUUAUUUUCUCAAUCUAAAUUAACAUUAAAAUUAAAAAAGCAAAACAGUAACAGUACAUUAUCUACUGAUUCUACAAAUAAAUGCCAAGAUUUAACAAGUGAUUCUGAAAAAUUUGAGUGUAAUAAUUUUCCAAAUAAUAGCGUGUUAUCUGAAAAUGAUAGUUUUGUAGAAAUAUUGCAUACUGUACAUCCUCAGAAUGAAAAAAUAACCAUGUCGCAAAGCGUUUUUAAGACUUCUCCAGUUCGAAAUGUACCUGAUGUCAUAAAUGAAAGUAAACAAUGUCCAGUUUGUUUACAAAUGAUUGAUCUCAAACAUUUCAUUAAUCAUGUUAAAUCUUGUGGUACAUCACAUAAUUUAUCAUCUGAAGUACUGAUAAAAGCUGUAGAUCUUCAAGAGCGUCAAGCCGCUGAAAGAGAAGCAUUGGGACUACCCAAAUUAACUAAAAAUAAAGAUGUUAAAUUUAAAAAAAAGUGUACUAAACAAACAAAGUUGAAGAUUGGAAGUGAUUCUAAUUUUGAUUUGGCUAUUGCAAUGUCUAUGUCCUUACAAGAGUCCAAAGAAGCUGAAAUUAUAAAAGAAUCUGAAAACCUUUUAGAAGCAGGCUUAGAAACCGAGGCCAUAGAAAAAAGGAAGACAUUGGAAAGCUUUGGUUUUUUAUCAAAUCAGCCAAUUAAAUCUAAAUCUAAAAAUUUUUAUAAAACCAAUUCUUUGUUAUUCAAGCAAACACAAGAAGAUCGUCAGAAAAGAAUUACUGAAAAAGUAGCAAUGAUUCUUAUAGACUGUGAUACCUUAUCACCAGAAACAUCUUUAAAUGACUGUCCCAAUAUAAAAUUAAGAUCCAAAUAUUUAAACAAAAUAAGAAAUGCUGAUUGUAAACUCUGGAAAAAAUCAUUACUUGAAGAAAAUGAUGUAUUUGAAUUUUAUGUGAAAAUUGUGUCCAAGUUCAUUAGCCCCAGUGAAACCAAUGGCCUACAAAAUAUUGUUCGAUUUCCUGUGUAUGAAAAUACUAUAAAACAGGAACUAAAUACUACUGAUGAGGAAGUCAUUAAUACAUUACAUGCAGUUUUAGAUGAUUCAAAUGUUUUAAAUAAACAUGUUACAAGUCAUAGAAUUGUUGAAAAUAAAACUAUGUCAGAAUAUUCAUCUAAGUGGAAAUCAAUGAUAGGGAGUCAGUUUAUGAGUGAUAUAACUAUAUUUUCCAAAGAUGAACAUGAAAUUCCUGCUCACAUUCUAGUGAUUCAUGUACAGUGCCCUGAUAUUCUGAAUGACAUAAUUACAGAAGAAUCUGGUACACGUGAUUCAAAAAAAAUGGUAAUGUGGUCUGAGUACAGUUAUGAAGCAUGCAUGGCAUUCUUAGAACUAAUUUACUCUGGUCAGGAACAAUUAAUAAGUCCCGAGUACAGAAAAGAUUAUUUGCAUUUAGUAACAAGGUACAAUGCUCAAAUAGCUGUUAAUGACAGUGAUGGAAAACAUGGAUGGUUUUCAGAAGAGUACGAUAAGGCAUCAAAACGUAAAAGCUCAGAAUUAUAUUCAAAUGAUAAUAAAAGAUAUAAAGCUCUCAGUCCAGAUAUGUUUAUGAUGGAUAAUACAAGUGAAGAAAUAGGUAAUAUGAGUUCUAAUUUUUUAGGAACAACUGUGAAUGAUGAAAAUUCCUUGAGUGUGUUAAAAACUAAAGAGUGGCUGAAUAAUUGCAAUCUAAGUCAACAUCACAAUUCAUCAUUCACAGAGAAUUUAAACAUUAACAUUCUACCACAAACUAUUUCACCAAUGAAGAGCCCAGCUCAUUCUUUUCAUAGUGCAUCAACUGUACAUAAUAUUCAAUUAUCGCCUACAUCUACUCAAAAUGAUUAUCACAUGGACUUUGAAAGUAAUGAUGUUCACGUUAGCCCAACAUUAGGUAUUACAAAAAGUAAUGAUGUUCACGUUAGCCCAACAUUAGAUAUUACAAGGGCAUCCCCCAAAUCACUACCAAUCGAUGAAUCAAGCAUGAAUGCCGCCUCAAUGUUGAAUAACAUCAAAAACGUUCCUAUUGUUUUGGAAAAUCCUUCAAAAAAAAUGUCAACACUUACUAAUUUGUGUAAAGAACCAGAAUUAAUUACAAUCAUCAGUGAUAGUGACAACGAUUCGCUAGAUAUGGUUUUGUCUCGUUUUAAUGGUAAAUCUUAUGAUAGAAAUAUUAAUCUAUUAAAUGAAAACAAUUGUAUACCUUUUCAAGCAAGCAUUAAGAGAAAAAAAAAUUAUUUCCCAUUUAACUCAGUUGAUAAAAGUGAUGAUGACAUUAGUGUUAUUGAGUUAAAUGACAGUAGCUUAGAUUCAGUUCAUUCAGUUUGUACAAAUAUAGUACGUCAAAGAAAUUUCAACACUAAAUUGGGAAAUUCUUUUGUUAACAAGUCCACUAUUUCAACACCAAAAACUAAGUCAUUCAUAAAUAUUGAUGAUGAAAGCACUGGAAUUUCCACUGUACAAAAGUUUCUUCCCACAAAUAGUUCUAUUGUUCAAAUUCCAUCUUCGAGUAAUAACAAUUUUAUAGACCUAAUAAAUGAUAGUAGCUCAGAUUCUAUCUUUACAAUUGAUAAAAUAAAAAAUGACAGUUUAUUGACAUCUUUUUCAAAAUUACCAUCGAAUAAUAAUGCUCAACAAAGUUGUCAAAAUUCUUCAACUCCCUUUUCAAAUGUGUUGAGGAAAACAAAUUCUCCAAAUCACGACAAUGUAACUUCAAAAUUUGAAACAAAUAAUUGUGUUUCGAAUGCAUCACCAUUGAAAGGGGGUGACACAUGGUCAAAUUCUUCAUUUCCAAUCAGCAAUGGAGAUUACUAUGCAAACAUAAAUACAAAAACCAAUGAAGAUUUAACAAACUCUUCAAUCAACACAAUUUUACCAAAAUGUAGUAAUUCAGAAUUAUUAUCUAAAUCUACUGAACAAUUAUUUCAAUGUAACGAUAUCAAUAUGCCAUCAACAUUUUUUAACAUUUCACAAAUCAAUAAUUUAGAAAACAGUGAUAAUAUCAGCAAUACAAUAUGUUUGGAUAAGAAAAAUGAUUCAGACAAACCUAAUUCAGAUCUUGAAGGGUUGGAAAAUAUACUAAAAAAAAAUAUAAUAUCACCUGAUAAUAAUUAUUUCAAUUCCCCAGUAAAUAUUAAAGAGGUUGUUGAUUUAACUACUUGUUUAUCGAAUGAACACAAGUAUUCUUCAUUUAGGCCUUAUAGUUCUCAAAUAGAAACUGUUCAACUUCCUAUUACAUCCCAAAUAACUACAUCAAAUGAAAAAGAUGACGAGCAAAAUAAAUCAGCCUUUGAACAAAUAAUUGACGAUCCAUGGAUGGACUAUAAUGAUUGGCAGCCGGUUAAUAUUAGUCCUCAAUAUGUGUCUCCAAUUUUAUUUGAGACUAAUUCUACGGUCUUAGUUAAUGACUCUGAAGUAUUAUCAACGCCCUCAAAAAUAGCACAUCAUAUUAAUAUGAACUUACAAACUUCUCCGCCAACUAUUUCAUGUAACGUUGAUAUAGUAAAUCAUCAAAUGAAAAAUGCAGUAACACCAAAUAAAUACGGCAGUAGAAUAAGUACUCCAAAAAGUUUACGCAGGGUUCAAUCAGAAUCUCUUAUUGGUACAAAUGGACAAAUAACGCCUUUGCCAAAUUACAGUGCAAUGAAAACACCAGAUUUAAGAAAAGAAUUUGAUCGUUAUGGCCUUAAAGAUCUCGGAAGGCGUAAAGGAAAACUUAUUUUAAGACAUAUUUAUGAUGUAACUCAUCCUAAAUAUGAUUCUGAAGAAGCAAAUCAUGUUGGAGACUCUGAACAGUAUUCUGAUUCUUCAGAUAAUUCAGAAUCUGAAAUUCCUUAUUAUGAAGAUGAUGGAAAUUAUGACGAAUUGGAAACUUUUAGUCAAACAAAUUUAUCAAAUAAAACUUCAGUAGAUAUGGGUUUUAAAGAUUUGCUCAGAGUCAAUGAAGAUCUUCAUAAAAAGAUUUUGUGUUAUGAACCUAUUUGGAUCGAAGAGCUGAAAGAAGAUUUAAGACAGUACAAUGUUAACAUUAGUAUGCAAAAACUCAUGACAUUUUUGGAUGAUAAAUGUGUGUCAUUCCGUUCAAAAUCAUUAAAUGAUCAGAGGAAAAAAUCAGUAGCAAAAAAAAAUACCAAAAGAAAAAGAUUAUUUUGAAUUAUU